CGCGGAGCCCCGCCCCCGGCAGGGGCAUAGGGUGACGGGCGAGGGUCAUGGGGUGUGAGUGAUCCUGAGCUCUCGAUCCCCCGAGGGCCGCGGCUUCCCCUUGCCCCGCGGCCGGGAGCAGCGCGCCGGGCCCCUCACUCGCCAGCCCGCCCACCGUGCAGCGGCGGCGCGGCCCAUGCGGCUGGGGGCGGAGGCCGGAUCCGGCGCGGGCUGGGCGUCUCAGGGGCGGCCGGCGGCCCGGCGAGGUGAGGGGGCGGCGGCGGGGCCCGGCCCAGCCCGGUGAUUGGCCGCCGACUGAGGGCCGCCGGGCGGCCGGCGGCGGCGGGGCGGGGAAGAGCCGGCGGAGCCUUCCGCGUGCGGAGCCGGGAAGAUGCUGCUGUCCCUGGUGCUCCACAUGUACUCGAUGUGCUGCGUGCUGCCGGCCGCCGUGCUCCUGGGCACGGCUCCCACCUACGUGCUGGCCUGGGGGGCCUGGCGGCUGCUCUCCGCCUUCCUGCCCUCGCGCUUCUACCAGGCGGUGGACGACCGGCUCUACUGCAUCUAUCAGAGCAUGGUGCUCUUCUUCUUCGAGAACUACACCGGCGUGCAGAUAUUGCUAUAUGGAGAUUUGCCAAAAAACAAAGAAAAUAUAAUAUAUUUAGCAAAUCAUCAAAGCACAGUUGACUGGAUCGUUGCUGAUAUUUUGGCCAUCAGGCAGAACGCUCUCGGACACGUGCGCUAUGUGCUGAAAGAUGGGCUCAAAUGGCUUCCAUUGUAUGGGUGUUAUUUUUAUCAGCAUGGAGGGAUCUAUGUAAAGAGAAGUGCCAAAUUCAAUGAAAAGGAAAUGAGAAAAAAGCUGCAGAGCUACAUCAAUGCAGGAACUCCAAUGUAUCUUGUGAUUUUUCCAGAGGGAACAAGGUAUAAUCCAGAACUAACAAAAGUCAUUUCAGCUAGUCAAACAUUUGCUGCUCAAGAAGGCCUUCCAGUAUUAAAACAUGUGCUGACACCAAGAAUAAAGGCAACUCAUGUUGCUUUUGAUUCUAUGAAGAAUUACUUGGAUGCAAUUUAUGAUGUCACAGUGGCCUUUGAGGGGACCGUGGAUGAUAAAGGGCAGCGGAAGGAAGCGCCGUCCAUGGCUGAAUUUCUCUGCAAAGAAUGUCCAAAAAUUCAUAUUCACAUCGAUCGUAUAGACAAAAAAGAUGUCCCAGAAGAACAAGUAUACAUGAAAAGAUGGCUUCAUGAACGUUUUGAAAUAAAAGAUAAAUUGCUUAUAGAAUUCUAUGAUUCACUGGAUCCAGAAAGAAGAAACAAAUUUCCCGGAGAAUGUGUUAAUUCUAAACUAAGUCUCAAGAAGACCUUACCAUCAUUCUUGAUCUUAAGUGGUUUGACUGCUGGUAUGCUUAUGACCGAGGCUGGAAGGAAACUAUAUGUAAAAACGUGGAUUUAUGGAACCUUAAUUGGCUGCUUGUGGGUUAGUAUUAAAGCGUAAACGCGUAGCUGUCUCCAGGCGGUGGGAUGUGCUACGUUGUUUAUUACUGGCGGCUGCACAUUACACCCGAUUGUUCCUGAAUUUAAUGAGAAGCGUAAAUAAAGCCUUGUUGAUUGAA